CAAAGCGUUCGGUUUUACUAUUGCUGAGGCCUCCCUCAUUAUUUUCAAGCCCCAUUUUGUGAAGCUCAUGAGUACAAGCACCGUAUGGUACGUACCGGUACGAACGUUCUGUACAAAUUGUAAUUGAACCAUUUACGACUGAAUCGACUGGUUCUGUAAACCACUUCCGAAAUGGACGAAGUAUCGUGCUGUACCGUGAUUCGUACUCUACGAUACAUAUGUUAGAUCUGACGAUUGACAGACACCGCAUGUCAACAGACCCAUCAACCACAAAUAGUCUAAAGAGAAAACGAAGAAGUUGAACGACGAAUCCGACGUGACAAAAGUGAUCCUCAUGCGCCAACCAGAAACAAUCACUCUCAUAAGCAUUGAUACUAGAAUGAUGCAGGAUGGAAUGAGAUCUGUAACUCGAGGAGAAAUGAAGGUAUUUUAAAGUAAGUCUUUUCGAAUAGAGCGUUGCUCUGAAAGCAUUUGUCACUCCAUACUGACGGCAUGGCUUCGACACAAACCGGAGGGGGGAAAUCCAUCUCGUUGCCCAACCCCACCGAGAAAACGUCGGGUAUUUCAAGCUAAGAGUUUCAAUGUCGUCUCGAAUGACAUCGCUUCGGAAUAACUGUCUUGAUGGCGACCAACCGCUGUUGGUAGCCACGAGCGAAACGCUUGAAUCCUUCCAAGACGAUGUGCGGUAUCUCUGGUGCCCUUCCGAUAUUCCUGUUUACGAAACACCGCCCUCGGCAAUGGACUUUUUGCGCAAUCAUGUGGCCGUUAGCCGGCCUUGUAUCAUUCGCAACGCCAUUACAACAAGACCAAGAACGCAUGAAGACGCCACUGCCCAUGGAGAUAAUACUUGUGCCCAUGCGAACGAGGCUAUUCCAUUGCAAUUGACUCUAGAUGAUCUGACCGGGCUAAUUCGUGCCAAUGAAGAUGGCAAUGGUAACGACUGUGAUGGAGGAAUCUCGUUGCCAUUAUUGUGUGUUGAUGUCACCCCCGAUGGGCACGGUGAUUGUUUGAGAAAGGUUGCCAUCGACAACGAAACGACUCAAGAAGAAAAAGUCUUUGUCAAGCCCAUGGAGCGAAAAAUGACCAUCUCUAGUUUUAGCAAUCGUUUAAGACGGGGAAGAUGCAAGCAGCAGCAACAAGAUGUCGACAGCCAGAGAACCCUCGACCGGAUCUUUCUGAGUUCUCCGGGAUCAGAGGAAACUUUCGACGAAGGAGGUGGCGACGAUUCCGAGGAAGACUUUUGGGACGACUGUGUCUUAUACUACUCGCGGCAAAACGAUUGCUUACGAGAAGAACUUUCUCCACUCUGGAAUCUAAAAGCCCCAUCCAAUGCAACAGCAGAUACCGAUGGCGAUCACACCGCUGCGUACUUAUUUCCCAGGUCCUUUCCUUGGGCCGAGGAAGCUUUCUUCGGAAACAAACCUCGUGGACCAGAUGCGGUCAAUUUGUGGAUGGGGGACGAACGAGCGGUCUCGGCGAUGCACAAAGAUCACUAUGAAAACCUGUUCUACGUCUUAAGUGGAGAAAAGGUCUUUGGUCUCUGUCCUCCUUCCGACGCCCCCUUUCUGUACGAACAAGAAGUCCUCGCGGGACGGUUCCGUUCCUCCGAAGCUUCCACAGUGGAAGGCAACGAGGAGAUAGAAGAGCCAAAGAGAAAAUGGUCCGUCGUUCUCGAUAAAGAGGCAGAGGCUGCAAAUUCAAACAGUUAUUCAAAAGUGCAUUGGAUUGCAACCGAUCUAUUCGGCAAGGUUGGUUCCGAUUCCGAUCCCAAUCGAAUCCAUCGAGACGAAGAAUUCCCCAUGUCACGAUACGCCCAUCCCAUUACCGUACGGGUGCAAACAGGGGAGCUCUUGUAUUUGCCAUCCCUAUGGUUCCACCGAGUUACCCAAACUUGCGAAACCAUCGGAAUAAAUUAUUGGUACGACAUGAAUUUCGAGUCYCCAAUGUGGUGCUACUUUCACUUUCUUCAACAACUGCAAACAGAAAAGGAGCAACCAAGACUUUCGCAACGAUAGCGACAUGGUUGACGACAAAAAUAGUGGUGAGUUGAGAAAUGUCGAAUGUCUAAAAAAUGUGCUUUUCACACACAAAAAAUGAACCAAUCGUUCCAGGGAGGACCCACUUGUCAUGCACCACACUGAAAAAGUACUUGUUAGAUUAUGACCAUAGCAUCGGUAGAUGGGUAGCAGCAAUGUUGCUCGUGCUGCCGUGCCGAGGAUUUUGAUUGUUUCGCUCCGUAGUUUCCCACGUGCCAGAACAAGUCUUGUAGAAACCCUCACGUUCGUGUCUCUACGUUGCGUUUCUUUUGGCUUUAUAGCAUGAAUGAAUGCCAGAAUCCCCGUUGGUGCUAGACCGUCGAAAGAUGGUUUGUACAUGAAAAAUAAACAUACUCUGUAAGUUUUGGUAUCGAAAGGGACUUGUUUUGUUUUACUUUCUGCCCGCCAUACUAUUGAAUUCAAUCCAAGGAAGACCCACUUGUCAUGCACCACACUGAAAAAGCACAUGUUAGAUUAUGACCAUAGCAUCGGUGUAUGGGUAGCAGAAAUGUUGCCUGUCCUGCCGUGCCGAGGAUUGAACCAACCAAAAGGCAGAUCGUUGUUCUUUCUUUCGUGAAGUUCAUCACCUCUCCUGCAUUGCAACUCACGCAAAGAAUCAAUUGUCUUCCUAAUUUUUCAGGUUCAGGCAGUGGAAUUACACCAUACUUGGAUUCAGAUUAUUGUUCUCGUUACACCAUUUCAAACACCCAGCUCUCUUUAGUCAAACAUCUAACCUAGAACUCUUGUCAAUCAAAUUGAUCUGAAAGC